AUGUUAUUACUCUUCUUUGUAACAACCUAUUUGGGAGUAACAGAGGCGGCAAAAGGCAUAGAUUGCGCGUAUGCCAUGUCCGUUGAUGCAAUAAAGUGUAUUAUUGGUAAAGGACAAGGCGAUUUUAUAGUUAUACGAGGAUGGAGAUCUAACAAUGUCUUUGACCAAGAAGCGCCGAGAACGUAUGCCAACGCAAAAUCGUUGGGGAUUAAUGACAUUGACGUGUACUUUUACCCGUGUGUUAAUUGUGGAAACCCUUCUGGUCAACUGAGUUCGUUCCUAUCAUCAGCGCAGUCUUCUGGACUCAGUUUCAACACUUUGUGGUUUGAUGUGGAGGUCAAUUCGUGGUCUAAGAACACACAGACCAACAGAAAGUUCUUGGAAGACUUGUUGCAAGCAGCGAGUGGGUCUGGAAUCAGAUAUGGUAUAUACUCGUCAUCUGGAGUUUGGCCAAGUGUCAUGGGUAGUGGUUAUGUCUCUCAAACAGCUGCUGCACUUCCAAUGUGGUACUCUCACUACGAUCACACAGCCUCAUUUGAUGAUUACAAGAACCCAAAGUACCAAUUUAAUACAUACACCAACCCAUAUAUGAAACAGUACGAUGGCGAUAUAAACAUGUGCGGCGUUGAUGUCGACUUAAAUUAUAAACCAGGAACAUCGAAUACCCCAACAGCUCCAACAACCCCUACUGCACCAACCGAACCAACUAAUGAACCAACUACAGAACCAACUAGUCCAACAACACCAGACCCUGAAAGUGCUGGAGGAAACGACGGAAGUGCGCCUGCUGGAGAUGCUGGAGGAGAAUCUGCUCCA